UGGAUCAAUUAUUUAAAAUGAAAAAUGGAUAUUUUUAUAAAGACAAGUCGAGUACGAGAAUUGCAAGCUGCAUUUUUUCCAAUUCUACCGAUACCAGUGAGACGAGUGAUAAUCUAUCGUAAUUCUCGGAGCAAUCAAUGAAGAUAAAAUGCCAGAAUGCAAUGAACCGGUUACAGAAAACACCGAAAAUAUUGGCAAUUUUUUGACAAGACAAAAUCUUCAGGAUCGAUUUGGUUAUUCACGAAAAGAUGUGGAUUCUGUUUUACCAAUUACAUCAAGUAUAUUAAAAUAUCGAGAAGCAGAUGUACAAACGAUUGAUGUAACAAAUCAGGAUCCAAGAUGGCCAACGGAAUGCAAAGUAAUACAAGAAAAAAUACGUCAUAUAGAUUUUACACCACCAACACCAGAGCCUUACUAUGUGCCAACAGGAAAAGAACCAAAGCCAAAACCCAUAACAGAAGAUAUGGGAACAGUUGUAUACAAUUAUUGUCCAACAAGUGCAACAAAUUAUUUUAGCAGAUCCUGUCCAGGUGGAACAGUUAUUUUAACAUCAUCAUCAUCCUCAUCAUCACUAAUAAAUAUCGAUUCCCAAAAUAUUGAUUUUACAAAAUCAUCACACAACAAUAACACCAAAAAUGAUUUAAAAUUUGAAUCACGUUUUGAGUCUGGUAAUUUAGGAAAAGUCAUUAAAAUAACUGAUACAUAUUAUCAAUUACAUUUACGAAAAGAUUUAUACACACAAAAACACAUGCAAUGGUUUUAUUUUCGUAUAUCAAAUACAAAAUGUAAAACAAUGUACAGAUUAUCAAUUGUUAAUUUUUGCAAAGAUGACAGUUUAUAUAAUGAUGGUCUCAAGCCACUUUUAUAUUCAACAAAAGAUGCUAAUAUGCAUGCUGUUGGAUGGCGAAGAUGUGGUGAUAAUAUAACAUACUACAAAAAUGAUUCAUCUGAUGAAGAAAAAGAAAAACAUACUUUAACAUUUAACAUAACAUUUCCACAUGAUCAAGACAUUGUUUAUUUAGCUCACUGUUAUCCAUACACAUAUUCUGAUCUUCAGGAAUAUUUAACAAGACUAUCAAGUGAUCCAUUAAAAUCGAAAUUUACAAAGCUAAGAUUACUAUGUCGUACAUUGGCUGGUAAUAAUGUACAUUAUCUAACAAUAACAGCACCAAAUUACAAUGAUGAUUGUAAAAAAAAAAAAGGUAUUGUUAUAACAGCAAGAGUACAUCCUGGUGAGACACCAUCAAGCUGGAUGAUGAAAGGAAUUAUUGAUUUUUUAACUGGUGAAUCAAAUCAAGCUAAAGAACUUAGAGAAAAAUUUAUAUUUAAAUUAGUGCCAAUGUUAAAUCCAGAUGGUGUUAUUGUUGGUAAUAAUAGAUGUUCAUUAUCAGGAAAAGAUUUAAAUCGUCAAUAUCGUACUGUUAUGAGAGAAAGUUAUCCAUCAGUAUGGCAUACUAAAUUAAUGAUUAGAAGAUUAAUGGAAGAAUGUGGAAUUGUUAUUUAUUGUGAUCUUCAUGCACAUUCUAGAAAACAUAAUAUAUUUAUUUAUGGUUGUGAAUCUAAAAGAGCUGGUUGUUAUGGAAAAUUAACUGAACAAAUAUUUCCACUAAUGUUACAUAAAAAUUCAGCAGAUAAAUUUUCAUUUGAAAAUUGUAAAUUUCAUAUUGAAAAAGGUAAAGAAGGUACAAGUAGAGUUGUCGUUUGGUUAAUGGGAAUACAAAAUAGUUAUACAAUGGAAGCAUCAAUGGGUGGUUCAAAAUUAGGAUCAAGAAAUGGUACACAUUUUUCAACUCAAGAUUAUGAACAAAUUGGUAAAUCAUUUUGUGAAACAUUACUUGAUUUUACUGAUGAUGAUCCAAUCAAAGAAAAAUUGAGAAAUAAAAUACUUGUUCGUCUUGGUAAAGAAGGCUCAAGUGCUGAUGAACCAACAAAUAUUAAUCUCACUGAUUAUUCAAGUGAUGAAGGUGAUACAUCAGACAGUUCAACAGAACAAAUAAAAAUAAUUAAACAAACUAAAAUAUUGGUAGAUCAAGAAAUAACAAUUGAUUCACAACAAUAUCUUUUGGUACCACCACCAUCACCACAAUUAUUACAAUUAAAUAAUCAUAAUAAAUUUAAAAAAUUAAGAAAGAAAAAUAAAAUGGAAAAGAAUCAUUAUAUGAGAAGAAAAUUAUUGAAUCGUCGAUCAGUCAUGGAUUUACCAGCAACUGAUCCUGGAAGUGGAUGUGAUUUAACAGACUCAGCAGAUGAAUAUUAUUUAAAUACAUCAGAAAAUUUUAGUAAAGAAGAAAGAAGUAUAUCACCAGUUGAUAAUAAAAAAUAUAAUUAUGAAAAAAAAGAUUAUCUUGAUGUUGAAACUUUGCCUAUUUUAAGACCACAUACAUUGUCAUUUGUUGAUGAAUCAUUUGAUGAUAAAAUACAUCAUAAAAUGCAGAGAAAAACACGUGGUACUCAGCCAGUCAGAUUUAUGAGAAAUUUAUCACCAAUAUUGCCAAGAAGUCAAGACGUGCAAAUUAAAUUGACAUCAUUGAGACAACAAAUAUGGACUGGAGUAUCUGAUAAUGAUGAAGAUGAUUCAUUUGGUAAAACUCCAUUGAGCUGGGGAGUAUCACAUUUAGCCAUGAUGUACAAAAAAAAUGGCGAAGCACUGUUAAAAUCCUGUUCAAAAAAAUUAGAAUCAUUAAAUUCACUUGGUAAUCAUGAACAAAAAAAGAGUAAAAAAAAUAGCAAAAGUUCAUCAAGAUUAAAUAAAAAUCAAACAAAUGAUGAUAAUAUUUAUGAUGAUAUUCAAAAGUUGAGUAAAAAAAAACGUAUACGUUCAAAAAAUCAUAAAAUAAAUAAUACAACACCAGAAGAGUUAACAAAUACAACAACUAAAAUAAAUGAUCAAAUUGAUUCAUUAAAAUUAUUUGGUAUUGCAAAAUUACCAAAUAAACAAAAUGGAAAGCUAAAAAAUGACUCAACAAGUAAAAAAAAAUUUAAAAGAAGUGGAAUUGUUGCAACAACUGGUAUACAUGUAUCAAAAUUAAAAAAUAAUAAAAUUAUUAUUGAUACAUCAAGUUCUGAUGAUUUACCAACAAUUAUAAAUAACAAUAACAAUAACAACAGACCUCGUAUAAACAAAAAAAAAAAGAAAUCAACAUUGACAAAAAAUCGUGCAUUAAGUGCAAAUUUUUUACUCAAUGAUAAAUCUUGAAUAAAAAAAAAAUAAAAAAUAUAUAAUUAUAUAACUGUUUUAAU